AUGGCACUCCCCAAGGUUUCCCUCCUCGUGCUCCUCGUAACCGCCGCUAGCGUCCUCAGCGCCUCGGGACAGACCGAGCCAUACCUAGUCACCAAGGCCCGUCUGACCCGCGCAGCCGCCGUCAGCGCCACCAACGACUUCGAGAAAGCCAACGCGCUCGUCGCGCAGCGCGCUCAGGAUCUCAACGCCGCCGACAAAGCCCUCGCGGACGUCGCCGCCACGUACAACGACGCGCUACCGCUCGUGAACCGUCUCAAAAACACCCUCGCGCACAAACUCGCGGCCAAGGACAAAACCGCCUCCGUGAUUCCCGGCCUGCAGGAAAGCCUCGACGCCGCAAAGGCCGGCCUUGCUACGAGCACGGCGUCGGGAGCGGAUCCUGCCGAUCUCGCAUCCGCGGUUGCAAAUGCGAAGCAGCGUGCGGACAUGACGGCGCAGCAGGUCGACCGGCAGAAGGAAGCCCUUCUUAGCAUUCUAGACGACAUGGUCGCACAGGCGAAGAGCGCGCAGCAGGCGCUGACGAAGCUCCAGGACGCGGCGAACAGCCCUAGCGCGACGUUGGUGGACAAAUCGGCGGUCGCCGCCGCGCAGGCGGCGCUGGACGCGGUGGUGAGGGCGGACAACGACGCGGCGGCGGCGGGGGCGCAGGCGACGAGCGACGUGAGCGACGCCCAGGCGUCGGUUCCGGCGCGAUCAGCGGCGGUGACGAACGCGAAGAUUGCGCAGAGCAAGGCUCUGGCGGCGAAGGCGAGCGCGGAUAAUGCUGCUGCUGCGAUGAAGAGCAGGAUGGACGCUGCAGUGGCUGUUGCGGAAUCCGCUGAGUCUGCUGCGAAGACUGCUGGUUACUCUUGGACGUGGUAA